AUGGCCUCAUCCGAUGGCGCCUCUUCGAUCUCGGUCGCGGUCCGCGUGAGGCCAUUCACAAUCCGCGAGGCGGCCCAGAUUUCGAGGUCCGACGAUGGGCCUCUGUUCCUAGGUGACGGGUCUCUGGCCGGCGUGCCGGCUCCCAAGCUGAACCAGAAAGGGAUCCGAUCCAUUGUCAAGGUGAUUGACGACCGAUGCUUGGUCUUCGAUCCUCCCGAGGACAGCCCCGUCCAGAAGUUUUCCCGGAGCGUGGUCCCUAAUGGCAAGCGUGUCAAGGAUCAAACCUUUGCCUUCGAUCGUAUCUUCGACCAAAAUGCUUCUCAGGGUGAAGUUUACGAAUCUACCACCCGCGGACUCCUUGAUAACGUUCUCGACGGUUACAACGCAACGGUUUUCGCCUACGGUGCCACGGGCUGCGGAAAGACACAUACUAUUACGGGAACGGCACAACAACCGGGUAUAAUUUUCAUGACGAUGCAGGAGCUCUUCGAGAGGAUCGACGAAAGAUCAGGUGAGAAGGCAACGGAGAUUUCGCUCUCCUACCUGGAAAUCUACAAUGAAACCAUUCGCGACCUGCUGGUUACGGGUAACACCAAGGGCGGUCUCAUGCUCCGAGAGGACACCAACCAGUCUGUCUCGGUCGCGGGUCUAUCGAGCCAUCAUCCUCAAAAUGUGGAGCAGGUUAUGGAUAUGAUCAUGCGAGGUAACGAAUGCCGCACCAUGUCCCCAACCGAGGCCAAUGCCACUUCGUCCCGAUCCCACGCCGUCCUCCAAAUCAACAUCGCCCAGAAAGACCGAAAUGCGGGCCAAAAUGAACCUCAUACAAUGGCUACCCUGAGUAUCAUCGAUUUGGCUGGAAGUGAACGAGCCAGCGCUACGAAAAACCGCGGGGAACGAUUAUUUGAAGGUGCCAACAUCAAUAAGUCCUUGCUGGCGCUGGGUAGCUGCAUCAACGCCCUUUGUGACCCUCGGAAGCGCAACCACAUCCCCUACCGAAACUCGAAGCUCACUCGACUGCUCAAAUUUGCCCUUGGCGGAAACUGCAAGACUGUGAUGAUUGUGUGCGUCAGCCCGUCGAGCCAACACUUCGAUGAGACCCAGAACACCCUGCGAUAUGCCAACCGAGCCAAGAAUAUUCAGACCAAGGUCACCCGCAACGUGUUCAAUGUCAAUCGUCACGUUAAGGACUUCCUGGUAAAGAUUGACGAGCAAAUGAACCUGAUUAAUGAGCUCAAAGCACAGCAGAAGGAUUCUGAGAACGUCGCCUUCUCCAAGUUCAAGAAACAAUCUGAGAAGAAGGAUGCUGUCGUUCGUGAGGGUAUUGCUCGCAUUCGCAGUGCCUACGAACAUGGUCUUCCGGAGCGACAGGAAAAGACCAACAACAUGCUCAAGCUGAGGCAAAUCAGCCGUCGCAUUGGUAUUCUCUCCUCCUGGAUCGCGGCUUUUGAUGGCAUGUGCUCGUCCCGUGAAAACGAGGAGGGAUUUUCCAACCUCCACGCAAUCCGCAAAACCGCGCAGGGCAUUCUGCUGGAGCUUGAGGGCAGCCGACACCACUAUAACCAACGUUUGUCCAAGAACACUUGGGAUCGGGCCAUGAUCUCGGCGGUCGAAAAUGCGACGAAGCAGCUUCAGGAGUUCGACAUUAGCGACGCCAGCGACUACGCAAAUCUGGACAGAGAAGCUGAGCUUCUGCGGUCAAAUGCCGAACGUGAGGCCUUGUCUGCAGUGGUCGAUCAAGACAAAGCUGGUGAGGCAGCUGCAGUCCAACUGCUGCUUCAAGCCCAAUUUGAGGUGAUGGCCUCGAUCGAGGAUAUGAUGCAACUUAAUGCUUCCGAGGCUAUCCAGAAGGGGCGGCUUGUCCUAAUGAAAAUGUUGGAGAGCUGCACCGAUGCAGCUGCCAACCUUGUCAAGCCCGACGGCACCCUGCCUGCAGUCCCGAAUCUUAAUCUGCAAAGCCCUGCCAAACCUGCUAGUCCUGCCAAGCCGAAGAAGAGAUUCAGCUUGGUGGGCCUUCCCCCUCCAAGACUGUCUCUCACUCCCUCUGUUCAGCUCGCCCCGGUGGCGGCUGCUGCAUCUCCAAUUAAGGGCUCACCUCGCCGUCGCAAGGUUGGCGCCGGGCGAAAGAGUGUCAGCUUCACCCCUAAGAAAACACAGGCCAAGGCUUCUAAGCGAUCUGUUCGCUGGAAGGAUGACGAGGAGGAUGGUCCCCUCACUGAGUUCCAGAAGACACCCCAGAAAGCUCCUGAGUCCUCGGACGAUACCAGCUCCGAAGCGGAGCCCUCCGAGCCUUCUCUACCAAGGACAGCAUCUCCUAUUCCACGAAUUAUUCCAAGGGUUGCCAGCCCAGCUUGUUCAGUCUCCCCUGCUCCGGCCCCGCCUGAACCGACCCUGAAAGUUCAGAAGAACAACAACCGGUUCACGGCUGGGUUCCUCUCUAAGAGAACUGGCAGCUCUCCCCUAGCCCCCCCUCCUUCCGUCAGCCUUCCCCCCUUCGACAAUGAGAAAUCUCCUCUCCGUGACAUUGAGGGCAGCAGUUUCUUGAACCGCGCUUCAUCAGAGAAGCCCUCCCGGAUAGCCGUUCGGUCCCCAAGCGGCAACUUUUCGAGCAGCCCGGUGUCCGACAACAAGGACAAUUGGAGGUCCGACAAAAACGAGGCUAUGAAAAUUAAUUCCGCUAUGCGCCGUAUCUCCAGCAGUCAAUUCGGUGCAACAUCGGGCAGCAACUCGUUGCGGGUUCACCGCCGUCGCAGCCCUAGCUCCAAUACCUAUGGUAGCUCUCCAAGCGAGAACACGAUGUUCACCGCAUCCCAAGCCCGCCGCAUGGUCAAGAGCGAGCGUGAGAGUGAGACCAAGCCUAAUGUCCUCAGCGCUCACGCCCUGCCUGUCAUGAAGAACACGGGACGACGGACCACUCUGGGAGGUGACAUCCGGCCUCGGCAUGCCAGCCUGUCUAGCAGAGAUGCUCUUCGCCUGAGCGCGAUCGCAGCACCCACCGUGAACAAUACUCCCGAGUUUACCUCCAGUAGACUGCGGUAG